AUGCGGCGGCCGGGGGCUGCGGGUGGGCGCCCGCCGGCGGCGGCGCCUCCUCCUCGCCGGCGCUCGCCGCUGCUGCUGCCCUUCCUGCUGCUCUUCUGCGGCGCGUGCCCGGCGAGGGGCGCCGAGGCGGGCGCUGUCACUUGCGGGUCGGUGCUGAAACUGCUCAACACGCGGCACAACGUGCGGCUCCACUCGCACGAGGUCAAGUACGGCUCCGGAAGCGGUCAGCAGUCGGUAACUGGAGUUGAAGUUUCAGAUGAUGCUAACAGCUACUGGCGGAUCAGAGGCAAAACUGAUGGGUCUUGCCAGCGAGGGAUGCCAGUGAAAUGUGGGCAAGCAGUACGCCUUACACAUGUUAAUACAGGGAAAAAUCUGCACACCCAUCACUUCCCAUCUCCACUCUCCAAUAACCAGGAAGUAAGUGCAUUUGGUGAUGAUGGAGAAGGAGAUGACUUGGACGUGUGGGCAGUGCAGUGCAGUGGGACACACUGGAAGCGGGAUGAUGCAGUCCGCUUCAAGCACAUAGGCACAGAUGUGUUCCUUUCAAUAACGGGCGAACAAUAUGGCCACCCAAUCAAGGGUCAACGGGAAGUCCAUGGCAUGCAUUCUGCUAAUCACCACAACUACUGGAAGGCAAUGGAAGGUGUUUUUAUUAAGCCCAGUGCGGACUCUACAAAGCAUGAUGAACUCUGAAUGUGUGAAGGAAUUCUUAUGGAGAAUCUCUCCACCAAAGUGUGUCAGCUUCUCUAAGUUCCAUCCUGAAUCAUCAGCUUCUGGAAAGCUUUGGAGACACUUGAAGUGAACCUUUGUAUGAGUAAUUUCAGCCCCGGUGAAUUCAGAGGGACAAGAAGAUACAUUCAUUGUUUGGCGCCCAUACAUUUUCUAAGGCUCCCAUUUCAUUUUCUUAUCCAGUUUGUUUCUUCUCUUUUUCUUUAUUUAAGAAAUAAUGGUUAAUUGCUGUGUAAACAGUCCAAUCCAAAGUGCAAUAACACUUACAUUUUGUACUUUUUUUUGGUAAGCCUUUAAGAAAACUCUUAAGGAAUGUUUGUCUUCAGAUCUUGCUUUCAGGAAAGAAGGGUGGCUGUCGUACACAUGGAGAAAAAUUGGGCUUUGUAGACAAAAUACCUGCUUUGCUUUCUAGGCAAAACACCAAAAAUAUCUGCUGUUAAGUCCUAUUCCUUUUAGUGAUGUUAUACAUAAUUCUUUGCUGUCGAUGUUUGUAUCCCAUGGGAAAGGUGUAAGUUAAGUAUUUUGGGCUAAAUAGAAUUCAUUUUUAAAAUUGUAGUGAAGGGGAGAUCUGGUACAUUCUAAGAGUUCUUGCAGGAAAAUGUAACACUGAUUAAAUACACUUCUUUGUACAGCU